GCGGGGCCUCUCCGUCUUUCCCGCCCCCUCCUUCGAGGACUCUCGCUCCUUCCUCUCCUGCGUCUUCCUCCGCCUCCUCACCCCUCGCGCGAGAAGAGGCGCCUCCUCUCGCGAGAGCCGGGCGCUGCGGUAGGAGCUCAGUCGGGGGAGGGAAGGCGAGAGAAGGACGGCGGACUCCCGCUCGGCGCCCGCGACGACUCCUCCGCCGCCUCCUCCGCUCCGUCCCCCCUCUCCCUCCCCCUCCGCGCCACCAUGCGGGGCUCCGGGCCGCUCCCCGCUGUCCUCUCCGUCCUGCUGGUCACGGCCGGCAGCCUAUUCCCCGCACCGGCGGCCGCCCAGAACGCUGGGUUUGUCAAGUCGCCCAUGUCAGAAACUAAACUCACGGGGGACGCCUUUGAGCUGUACUGUGACGUGGUUGGGAGCCCCACUCCAGAGAUCCAGUGGUGGUAUGCUGAAGUCAACCGGGCUGAAUCUUUCAAACAGCUAUGGGACGGCGCUCGAAAGCGCCGUGUCACCAUUAACACUGCCUACGGGGUGAACGGCGUGAGCGUGCUGAGAAUUAUUCGCCUUACCUUGGAAGACUCUGGGACUUACGAGUGCAGGGCAAGCAACGAUCCUAGAAGGAAUGACUUGAGGCAAAAUCCUGCCAUAACGUGGAUACGAGCCCAGGCUACCAUAAGCGUCCUUCAGAAGCCCGGGAUCAAUGCCAGCGAUGAUGUGAUCAUUCCGACUCAAAAUCCUUCCGCCAUCCUUCUGCAGUGCAACCUCACUUCCCUUCCCAGCUCGCUCAGUUACAGCUACUGGGUGAAAAAUGGUGAGGAAAUUUCGGGCUCCAGAAAGAACACCGAAACUUCUACAGAGUACAAAAUCCCAAAGCCUAGAGCAGAGGAUUCAGGAGAAUAUGUGUGUGUGUUCACGUUCGCUAGCUCCCCUGUAGCAAAUGCAACUAUAGAAGUGAAAGCUAUUCCUGACAUCACUGGGCACAAGCGAAGUGAGAACAAGAAUGAGGGUCAGGAAGCAACAAUGUACUGCAAGGCUGUGGGCUUCCCGUACCCAGAGUGGGUGUGGCGUAAGAAAGUUGAUGGUGUCUCUGUGGACCUCAGAAACGAUUCUGGCCGCUUCUUCAUUACCAGUAAAGAGAACCACACCGAACUGCGCAUUGAAAACCUCCUUAUCGACGAGGAUCCUGGGGAGUACGAAUGCAAUGCAACCAAUCAGGUUGGCACCACAGCCGCAACCACCAUCCUGCGUGUCCGCAGUCACUUGGCUCCUCUGUGGCCUUUCCUGGGGAUUCUGGCAGAGAUCAUUAUCCUCGUCGUCAUAAUUGUGGUUUACGAGAAGAGGAAGCGGCCGGAUGAAGUCCCUGACGAUGAUGAACCAGCUGGGCCAAUGAAAACCAAUUCCACAAACAACCACAAAGACAAAAAUCUACGCCAGAGAAACACAAAUUAAAAGUAACGCUUAUAGCUUUAAGUUUUGAGAGACUGACGGCAAUAUCACCUGCUAAACUGAAUAGUCGGAUCGCUUGGUUUUCAGAGUCCAGUUUCUAUCUGCUGUUUUUUUAUUUCAAGUGAGCAACGACUGUCUAAAGCAUGCCUUAUUUAGCCAUUCCCGCAAGGAUGACCGACCUAGCCGACACAUUUAAUAAUGCUUCAGUCAUAGAGGAUGUAAGCUAUUUUGGGCUUUGAUGUGCUGUGGAUGUUGCUUUCCUACCCACCCAUCCACCCACUUUUACCUUGAGAUAUUAAGUAUUAAAAAAAAGAUUUGCAUGCAGCAUUUUUUUUUUACUUAAGGUAUUUGUUUAAAUUUAGCAAAGCUCUGAGAUGCACUGCUGCCAUCUAGUGGUCACUUUUGUAAAGUACAGCGAAACCUAAAAUAUACAGUAUAUAUAUAUAUUUAUAUUUUGGAGGGUGGGGGGAAACCAAACUACAAGUAAACACUUUGAUUUAUAAGCUGCUGCUAAAUUCAUUCCUUUAUAUUGUGUGUCUGAAAGAUGAAAGAAUUAUGUUCCGUACUUAAGUGGAAUAAUAUAAAUCGAAAUUAUCCUAAGGGCUUAACCUUAUAUAGAAAGACUUAGAUGUCCUUUAAUCAAAGGUUGUAAGACCUGGAAUAGUCCGGUAGGUGGAGAUGAACUACAGAAAGAAAGGGAAAAGAACUUUUUAGUUUAUAAAUAUUAUGAUUGCUUUUUAAGUGAUUUUUUUUCGUUGAAUCAUGUAAAUUUCUCAAAUCCUUUUGCACUCAUGUGUUCACAUUCUUGUACAUUCAAUUCAGGCAGAAUUUUAUAAUUUACUUCUUUUUUUUGUUUAAAAUGAUGAUGUAAACAGCAUGGUGAUAUUCUAUGCAACUGGUUUGUUUCAGUUUGACACUGUGAUUACUCAUAUUGUUUCAAAGACUGAUUGUAGAAACGCAGACAUAGCAAGGUUCUGAUACCGUGCAUACCUGUAGAUGCAUGAACUUGUGGUGUAUGUACCUGUUGAAGUGCAAUGAUGUAUUUAAAAAAGUGGAUUCACCUGUUUUUAAAAAUAAAACACAAAAAACAGUGA